AUGCCAGGAUCUGAACCCAAACGAAACCUUGUCCCUGACGUGAAAAAUCAGGUAGAGAUACAAGUGGGACUGGUAGGUGAUGCUCAAGUUGGGAAAACAUCCUUAAUGGUGAAAUAUGUCCAGAAUAUAUUUGAUGAGGAAUAUACACAGACGUUAGGUGUUAAUUUUUUGAAGCGUAAGAUAAAUCUACGAUCUACAGAUAUAGUCUUCUCUCUUAUGGAUCUAGGAGGUCAAAGGGAAUUUAUAAAUAUGCUGCCACUAGCCUCUGUGGGAUCAUCUGCAAUCAUUUUUCUAUUUGACCUGACAAGACCGGAAACUUUGGAUUCUGUGAAGGAAUGGUAUAGACAAGUGUAUGGUCUAAAUAACCUAGCAAUUCCUAUAUUAGUUGGGACCAAGUAUGACUUAUUUAUAGACAUGGAUAAGGAAUAUCAAAAACAGAUAAGUCAUACUGUACUAGAGUAUGCGCAGGUUAUGAAUGCGCCAAUAGUUUUUUCUUCCACAGCUAAGUCAAUCAAUAUUCAAAAAAUCUUUAAAAUUGCAUUAUCAAAAAUAUUUAAUCUUACAUUAACAAUACCAGAAAUUACAAGAACGGGAGAUCCAUUACUGAUAUAUAGGAAGUUUGGAAAUCAAAACCGUAACCCUACAAAUGUAUCAGCAUCACCAGUUUUCUCAUCACAAUCGUCAUCAAUAUCGCCCCCAAAAUCGAAAGGGACAACAGCUAGCUAA